CAUUCUCUUAAAUCCUUUUCUUCUUUGUGUUUUUGCCUCAGUUUUCUUCCUCUCUCAUUGCACACAACAAAAGCAUAAUCUUGAUCCUCUUCGUUUUGCUUUAUCAGUGUAUAUACAUAAAAAUGGGGGGUACUUCACCUUGUGCUUCUUGCAAGUUGCUGAGACGUCGUUGCUCCAAGGAAUGCAUCUUUGCUCCUUAUUUUCCUUCUGAUGACCCUCGCAAGUUUGCCAUUGUUCAUAAGGUUUUUGGUGCUAGCAAUGUCAGCAAAAUGUUGCAGGAACUUCCUGUUCAUCAAAGAGCAGAUGCUGUGAGCAGUUUAGUUUAUGAGGCAAAUGCAAGAGUGAGAGAUCCAGUUUAUGGAUGUGUUGGAGCCAUAUCAUACCUACAGAACCAAGUUUCACAGCUUCAAAUGCAGCUUGCAGUGGCUCAAGCAGAGAUUCUAUGCGUUCAGAUGCAGCAACAAGAACCUACCAUAACCACACAAGUAGAUCAAGAUCACAAAUCACUGCUCCUAUCUGUAAACAAUAACUUUGAACCUCUUCCUCACUAUCUUAACUUUCCCUCUUCUUCUUCCUCCUCUUCAAAUGUGUUCCAAGACCCUCAUGAGCCUCUCAAGAGAGAGUCUUUUUGGACUUGAAUUUUUUUACCAAUAAUGGAUUUUGAACUGUUACAAAA